GUGUGUGUGUGUGUGUGUGUAUUAUAAUUAUAUAAUAUAGAUUAUACAGUGGAUGUAAUAUAUGAUAUGAUAUAAUCGCGCUAUCGUUCAAUGCGUCAACACGUACAGUGCGUGUCCCACGUGCCGGAUGUUUAUGCAGCCCAUUUCCGGUACGUCACCGGGCAGACAGAGUGGAGUCGUCGGAUAAAAACAGACCGUUGCGAAGGGGAAAAAAAGGGAUGGAUGCUGCUGCUGCUGGAGUGAUGGGACACGGACACACACACACACACACACGCACGCGCGCGCGGUGGUUUGAGCUUUUAGUGUUUUGUUGUGGUUCUUUAGCCUGUUAGCUAUAACCAAUACGGUGGGAAAGAAGGAAAAAAGAAAGGGGAAAAAGUGGUGACGUCACGACAACCCUCCUAACGGGUUGAAAAGAGAGAGAGAGAGAGAGAGAGAGAGAGAGAGAGAGAGAGAGAGCGCCUCGGCCCCGCCCCCGAAGACGUUCCGCUCGAGCGCCUGACGUCACGACGAGGGACCCUCACGCGCUGCGCGCUUGUAAACAGAUCCUCAACCACGUGACCGAGUCAGCGAGCAGCGCGAGCGAGUCCCACGGUCGAGUCCCCACCGCAUUGUCCUUCCUCUCUGUCCGCGCAAAACAAUCCACGAGCGCGAGAGAAAAAAACUCUCACAACAACCAGGUUACCGGGGAGGAAGAGGAGGAGAAGGAAAAGAAGAAAGGAUGAAGAUGAAAGGAGACAGGCUCCAGGAUCAAACGGGCCGGAAUCGGUUGUGUGCGCGAGACGUUUCUUUUAAUCCGCUGCUUUGUAGUUUUAAAGUUUGACCGUUUCCUUUAAAAAAAAAAACGUUGACGGAUGCUCUUUGCCACGACGUCACUGUUGCUCUGACGUCAUAAAAGAAUUCUUUCUUGUUUUCUUUCUUUUGAUCCUCCGCGGGUUUGAUAUUCCGUUUCUCCCCGCGGGUAGCUCCACUGUCCGAUAUCACUGAGCAUGGAGGAGGCUUUGGAAUCAGGCUGGGUUUCAGUCAGGCCGAACGUUUUCGAGGAGAAAGAGAAACACAAGUUCGUUUUCAUCGUCGCCUGGAACGACAUCGAGGGCAAGUUCGCGGUCACGUGCCACGACCGGACGGUGCAGAAACGCAGCGCGGCGGCACGCGAGCCGGCGGCCGAGGUGUCCGAGGACGGGCGUCCCGUGGCCUCCAAGGGCCCCGUGGAGAAAUCUGAGCCCGCGCGCAAAAAGAGCACCGGAAGACUCGCCGCCGCGCUCGUCGACGUCGAGGUGAUCGAGCCGGUGUCGUUGGCCGACGCGCGGUUCCCGGACGACGACGCGGACGACCCGGACGUCUCCACUACAGGCGCCACGGUGUGCGGCGACUCGAGCUGGGCCGGCCUGUUCUCGUUCCAGGACCUGCGCGCGACUCACGCGCAACUCUGCGCCGUCAACUCGGACCUCGAGCCGUGCCUGCCGCCGUUGCCCGAGCAGGAGCAACAGUCCGCCGUGUGGUCGGUGCUCUUCGGCGUGCCGGAGGUCGCGCGGCGGGACACCGAGGCGCUCUGCUACCAGCUGCAGGUGUACCUGGGCCACGCGCUGGACACGUGCGGAUGGAAGAUCCUCUCCCAGGUGCUGUUUGCGGAUGGGGACGACUCGGAGGAAUACUACGAGAGCCUGAGCGAGCUGCGGCAGAAGGGCUACGAAGAUGCUCUACAGCGCCAGAAGAAGCGCCUGCACGAGCUGUUGGAGAAGCAGCGAGGCAUGGAGAGCAUGGUGGAGCUGCUGCAGUUGUACUCAGAGCAGGAUGAGGCCUACAGCGAUCUGGUGGAGGCCACCACUGAACUCUACCACUACCUGCUGCAGCCCUUUCGAGACAUGCGAGAGCUCGCCAUGCUGCGCAGACAACAAAUAAAGAUCUCUCUGGAGACGGAGUAUUUGGGUCCACGCAGGGUCGAAGCCCUCAGGAGGGAGGAUGAGGACUGGCAGAGGAAGGCCCACACUGCAGUGCUGUCGAUCCAGGACCUCACGGUGAAGUACUUCGAGACCACGGCGAGGGCACAGAAAGUGAUGUACGAGCGGAUGCGAGCUGACCAGAGGAAGUUCGGGAAGGCGGCCUGGGGUGCAGCAGUGGAGCGCAUGGAGAAACUGCAGUACGCUGUUUCCAAGGAGACACUGCAACUGAUGCGUGCCAAAGAGAUCUGUUUGGAACAGAGGAAGCAUGGGCUAAGAGAGGAGAUGCAGGGGCUCGAGGAUGGCGAGGACGCCAUGGCGCGUCUGGACCAGUUAGAGGCGCUGUACUACGAGUUGCAGCUGCAGCUCUACGAGAUCCAGUUUGAGAUCCUGAAGUACGAGGAGUUGCUGUUGACUGCGCAGCUGCAGAGUCUGCGCAGACAGUUGACCGAGAGGCAGGACGAGGUGGUUUACUACGACGCGUACGAAAGUCCUGACGCCCUGCAGGCCACAGACGAGGCGUCCCUUGCUCCUGCGCCCCUAAGAGACGAGGUCGUGCAGCUGCAGCAGAGGACACGGCAGCUAGAGGCCAGGAGGGGACGCAUCACUGCCAAGAAAGCCUACCUCAAAACCAAAAAGGAAAUCUGCAUUGUCAAUCACACCCAGAAACUGCAGCAACGCCAGAGCGGCCAGGACCUCGACUCCCAUCAUGCUUUGCGGCAGCAGGAUGAAGAGGAAGAGGAGGUGAGGAACACACGAGUCAGCCAGGAGAGACAGAAGACGUUGGACAGACUGCGCAGCUUCAAACAGCGCUACCCAGGCCAGGUCACCCUGAAGUCCACACGCCUGCGUCUGGCACACGUCAGGAAGAAAAGCGGUGUCGCACAAAUGGCCGCGAAAGCGCUCCAGCCCCAGACGCAGGUGGCCAGCGUGCAGACGGACGAUGCCCCGGCGUCUUUGAAAGUUUCCGCUGCCAUUGCGGAGCUUCAGAGACCCGAAGGGUUUACGUCUUUACCCUCGAACAUCCCACCCAUCCCAGAAACGCUCGGGCCAUCCUCCCUGCCCAUGCUUACCGAGCGCCAGGUCCUGGACUCAUCCACUUCUCCGAUCUCUCCCCCUCCUCCACCUCCUCCUCCUCCACCUCCUCCUCCCUCUCUUGAAGACACACUUGGGUCGGGACGAGGGGAGGGACAAGCGAGCAGCCCCGUGUCCCAACCCAAAGCUGAAAGUCCACUCGGCCCAUUCUCCGCUCGCUACUUCGACAGCAGUCAGCUUGUGAACGCUCGCAAAAAGCUGAGGAAGACGUCCUCUCUCGAGUCGUCCCAGUGGAGGAGAGCGUCCUCUCCUAUGGAUGAAGUCCUGGCCAGCCUGAAGCGCGGAAGCUUCCACCUGCGCAAAGCCGAGCUGCGGGUUCUCGCCCCGGAUCCAGACGAGGACGACGGGAACAACAUCCUGGCUCAGAUCCGACGCGGCGUGAAGCUCAAGAAGGUGCGGCAUCACGAGCAGCAACGCUGCACCGAAUCCAGCGACCCACUCACGCGCAGCAUCCACGAAGCCCUGCGCCGCAUCAAGGAGGCUUCACCGGAGUCCGAGUCCGAGGACGAGGGGCUGCCAUGCACCGACUGGGAGAGCUAGAUCACUUAUUAUACACACACACACACACACACAUACACAUUCAUAAACACACACUUCAGUGACCAGUGUAUAUAUUCAUAUAUGCACACAUCAGACACAUUUAAGAUCGUGAAUAAACGCAACACUGCUGGUCAUCAGGUUUAUGAAGGAAAAGCAUCGGAUGUGAUGUUUUGUAGCCGCGUACCCACGAGUUACAAAGUCAGGCUCAGACCACUGACCACACACCCACCCAAAGCACAACCUUCAUAUGUGCCGUCACGUCUCUCUCAAUCAGACGUCUAGCCAUGUCUGUUUUUCAAUGUAUUUUUUUUUUUUAUUUCUCCCCCACGCUCGUCCUGUACACAAACCAACGUUCACCAUUUACAACAAUUCAGCAACACAAUGCGCUCAUUUCCACCGCUUCUGUUUGUUCGAGCGAAAUCCGAGCCACAGACUUCAGUUCAACAGAACGUCCUCGCAAUUUCAAUUCCCCGGCGUUUAGAUCCCGAUCCCUGACGUGAGCCAGUAGCUUUCAAACCCGUGUGUAAGGUUUUUUUAUGGGGGGCAUCUUCAAACGCCUAAAACGUGAGCUAAUGCUAUAAUACAACUUUUUUUUAAAGAACAAACUCAAUAAACACAUGAAUAAUAAAGUAAAUGAUGUAUAGACAAGCAGAGGAGCCCAGAAUACGAACAUAGCAGGUUUAAUUACGCGUUACGUGUUUUUCUCCUAUAAACCAUUAGGGAAAAAGCUUAACGUGGCUUAAUGAAGCGAUAAAACCAAAGUCUUUUAAAAGACCAAUCUCAGUAAACACAUUAAUAAUAAAGCAGAUUUUGUACAGACCAGCAGUGGUUUAGUUUUGGUCUUUUAAAAACGCUCUGUUAUCGCAUUAAACCAUGCGCAGGUUUUUUCUUUACGUGUAAUUAAACACCUUAAGAGUUCGUAUUCUGGACUCACGUGUUUGUCUGUACUCAAGUGUUUGUCUGUA